AAGCGGACACACUUCCUAACGAUCCGGAAAUGCACGGGGGAAUAAAAACAGCUGCACAACUUAUUUAUCGGGGGUGGACAUCUUUUGUCGCCACUUUCUUUCAGCUGUAGUUAGCAAAGUAUUUCCCAAUUGAUUUACAGAAUCUUCAGUAAAGUUUUAAAGGAAUACGAUGAAUUGAUUGCCCUAGCAUACACAGCGUACAUUUUCGACUAUGGACCGCAGUAGAUCGCGCGACAGUUCCGCGGAUAAGACCAAGAGCACGAGCAGACAAGUCGGAGAGAAAAAAUUGUCCAAGAAGAAAAAGCGAAGACAUUCCUCAUCUUCAUCUUCCUCAUCGUCCAGCAGCAGUGCGAGUCCGACCCCUUCAAAGAAAGCCUCACGUUCCCUCAGCAAGAGCCAAGAUCGGAAAGGGAAGAAAAACAUGAAAAAAAUAAGUUCCUCAUCUUCAUCGUCAAGCUCUUCUUCAUCCUCCUCAUCCUCCUCAUCAAGUGAUGAAAAGUCCAAGAGGAAGGAAAGGAAAAGGAGAAAAUUCAAGAAGAAGUUAAAGAAGAAGAAAAGAAAGUUGAAGAAAGAGAUGAAAUUGGAGAAGAAGAAAAAGAAGAAGAUAAAGAAAUUGGAAGAAAGGAGAGCAUCCCUGCUUGUAGAUUUGAUGCCCCCUCCCGCCCCCCCUCAGCCUGUAGGCAGCACCCCCCAGCCCUUCCUGGAGUUGUGGCAGAGUGAUGAUUGCACAGAAGAUCAUGGACCAGCAAUGACAGAUGAGCAGAAAGCCAGGCUAUCCACCAAGAGACCCUUAACAAAGGAGGAGUAUGAGGCCAAGCAGAGUGUCAUCCGCAGGGUGGUAGACCCUGAGAGUGGACGCACCAGGCUGAUAAGGGGAGAGGGAGAGAUCAUUGAGGAGAUUGUCAGUAAAGAGCGACACAAAGACAUCAACAAGCAAGCCACAAAGGGAGACGGAAACACCUUUCAGAAGAAACUAGGACUGAACAGGUAGAGGGUCUCCCCCUAAUGUAAAGGCUACGGUAGGAAGGAGACAUCUAUACUGUUCUGUAUAGAUAGGACAGAAGAAUAGGUCUCCAGUUAGUUGUGCUGUGCCUCAUUUUUACAUGACAGGAUCCCUACAUGUCUCCAAAAUGAAAAUCAACCCUUUCUGUGCCUAUCUAUGAUUGUACUGUACUGCGAGUGCGACUCAAUCAUAUACAUCAUGUUUGGCCACAUUUUUUGUUUAAUUGCUCAAAUUAAAUGUAAUCAAAUUAAAUUUGUAUUUUAGUUGACCAGCAUCCUUAUAUCACAAUUCACUUUGGAAUUUCUCUGAAUGUAUCAGAAAUUCAUGAUGGCCAACUGUCAGUUUAAUAUUCAAUUCAAUUAAACAUGCAUUCAAACUGACCCCAAAAACAGUCAACUGUGUAAUGCUAUUUACUUUUUUACCAUGUAAUAAAGUAUUUUUCUUAGAUAAUUAUCCUUGA